AUGCAGCGCCAUGUAAAUGCUGCGCAUUUGUAACGCCACUAUGAAGUUCUCGAGCGCGAGUUCCCAGCAGCCUUUGCCGUUGGUUUCGUUCAUCCGAUUGGAGGAAUUUGAAAAUAACUACGCGCGGCUGUUUGGGAGAUGAGACGACACAAAUAAACUCUGUCAACGAAGUCGGAAAUAAUAUUAUACACAGUUUAUCCUCCGACAGCCCUCAGGAUGAUGGAGUCGGGGCUAAAGGACGAAACGUUAAUACCUGGGAUGAUAGAAGUGGAAGAUCUAAAGAGAAAUUUAUCUUCCGAGUUCAGUGAGUGUUCAGAUUUCCAGGAUCCGACUGACCUGGAGAAGGAACAUUUGAAGGUCUAUCUUAGGAUAAGACCAUUUUCAGCAGCUGAGAUUGAGAAUGGAGAAUCACAGGACUGUGUGGCCAUGCAGCCUCCGGAGACUGUGCUUUUAAAAGCACCACGAACAUCGCUCCCUGCCAGACUCAGUGAUAAAACAGUUCCUGUUACAGCUCAACGUUUCCAGUUCUCUAAGGUUUAUGGUCCAGACACAACGCAGAAGGAGAUGUUUGAUGGUACAGUGAAGAGCCUUGUCCAGCAUGUGCUUGAGGGACAGAACUCUCUGGUGUUUACGUACGGUGUCACCAAUGCAGGGAAGACCUUCACCUUUUUAGGUCCAGAUAAUGAUCCAGGAAUCCUUCCUCGUUCCCUCAGCAUGAUCUUUGGCAGUUUAGAGGGCCACAUUUUUAACCAAAUGUGCCUGAAACCUCAAAGGUGCAGAGAUUUUAUCAGGCUUACCAAAAAACAGGAAAGUGAAGAAGAAAUCGCCAAGCGUAAUCUACUUAAGCUCUACAAAGAGACUGAUGCUCAGAAGAACUCGUCUUGCCAAAGCUCAAAAUCUGAUCUUGAGGAUGGUUCUUCUUUGUGUGAUAUUAGCACUGGAUCGAAUGAGAAAAGUUUGGCUCUGGACAUGGACAUUCACACUAAGUUUUCUGUUUGGGUUUCGUUCUACGAAAUCUACAACGAGAAUAUUCACGAUUUGCUGGAACACCAAGCGAACAAUGCCUCACGCAGAAUAAACCUCCGUCUUUGUCAGGACGUCAAAGGCAACUCAUUCAUCAAAGAUCUGAAGUGGGUGCAGGUGAGCAGUGCUGAUGAAGCGUUUAAAGUGAUGAAACUAGGCAAGAGGAAUCAGAGCAUAUCCAGCACCAAACUCAACCUUCUAUCCAGCAGAAGUCACAGUAUUUUCUCAGUCCGGAUCCUGAAAGUUGAGGAUGUUGGAAUACCCAGAGUGGAAUCAGUUAGCGAGCUGGCACUGUGUGAUCUGGCCGGGUCCGAGCGGUGUGCUAAAACCCAGAAUAUAGGUGAUCGUCUGAAAGAGGCAGGAAACAUCAACACCUCACUGCUUAGCUUGGGAAAAUGCAUCAAUGCACUUCGAAAUAGCCAACAGUCCAGACAGCACAUUCCGUUUAGAGAGAGUAAACUCACUCACUAUCUGCAGGGCUAUUUCACUGGCCGAGGUAAAGCCUGCAUGAUUGUAAACAUUAACCAAUGCGCAUCCAUGUAUGAUGAGACCCUCAACGUACUCAAGUUCUCUGCUGUGGCACAGAAGGUGGUGGUCCUCACCCCCAUUGCUGUUCCAGUGGUGGUGAAGAGGAGUGCCAGAGAAGUGUCCUUCAUCAUCAAUAAUGUUGAUCGCCGGCAACUGCGACGCAGCUCACUGGUGGGGUGGGACCCCAGCCUUGAGGAUGUCCAGGAAGAUUCUGACACUGAGGAGGGGGAUGAAGAGGAAAGUGAAGUGGAGAACACUAUACUGGACAUUGAAGAGGAGGGGAAUGACACAAUUCUGCUUGAUAAAGAGAUUUAUGAGACUAUCGAGGCACGUGUUCGAGAAGACAUCGCGCAAGAUUUAUCUGAGCUCAUCUCCCAGAUGCAGGAGGAUUACAGCGAGCGCAUUUCCAGAGAGAGGGAGUUAAUUGAGGAACGGUGCGAACGGAGAUUGGAAAUUUUCAAAAACCUAGUGGGAAAAACAGCCAUGGAAGAUGGCCAUGUGGAUUCAGCAGGGACCAAAUCAGAGGAGGAGACCCAUGGAUCUCUGGACAACAUGCUUGACUCUAUUAGUACUGACCUGGUUGGAAUCAGAAAAGUUGCUCAGGCUGCCCAGUCCUGCCUGGUGACCUCUGACCCCUCUGUGACACUACAUGACCUUGAGAAGAAGGUCAUUGAACUCUCAAAACAGCUCAGUGAGGCUCAGAGUCAACUGUCACUCAAAACACACGAGCUGGAGACCCAGAGUCAACUCUCAGAUGAACUGGAAGAGAUGAAGAAGACACUGGAGAGCCACAAGCGAAGGCAAUCAGAGCUGAGUGAAAUCUGCAGCCAGAAAGACGAGAUUAUCUCCAAACUCCAGAAAGCUUUGGACCAACAUGAAGAAAGUACUGCUAAGGAUAGAUCUCAGAUCGACUCCAUCAAAAAGGAGAUUAGUCAUCUCAAGACUAAUUGCACAUGUUCGGACAAGAUGCCCAGCUCCCGGUUAGAAAGCAGAAAGCGACGUCAAGAAGGGGAGGGGCUUGAUGGGCAGCCCCCUCUAAAGAAAGGUCCCCUGGAGGACUUGACAGUCCAAGAAGACACUGGAGAUAAUGGAUGUCAAGACUCCGCCCACCUUGAGGUCAAAGGUCAGCUUGAAUGUUGUCAUAUUGAAUCGAGACAGAAAGAUAAGCGGAUCACAGAUCUGGAGCAGGAAUGCCACACUUUGAAAGUCUGCAUUGAGGAGUUAAAAUCUAAGCUGGAGGAAACAAGUUUAGAGGAGCAUUUUCAACAAAAGAAGGAUUACAAAAGCGAAACAAAGCUAGCAUCUGUGGAGACCAAACCUAUGAUGAGAGUAAUAGAUCAAAGCAAUUUGAAGGCAAAGGUUGUAUCCAUGGAGACCAGCCACAGCAACACUACACUUUUAGAAAGUGUUUAUCAAGAACUGGCUACUGCGAAGUCCCUAAUAACUAAGCAGGAUCAUGAAAUGGGAGAAAAGAACAAACUCAUUAAAACACUUGAACAGGAAAUUACACAACUGAAACAGGAAGUUGAAAACUUUGCAGUGCUGCAAAGGGACUUCAAGCUUUGUCAUGAGAAGUUGACAGCCACACAACAGGAGAGUGAGAGAAAAUGCGAGAGAAUAAAGAUCCCUGAAAACCAACUAAAUAAGCUUCAUUCCACUUCUUCCUCUGAAAACCUAUCAGCUGGUAAUGAUAACCUCAAUAACGUCAACUUUGAAGUCACAACCCUUCAUGGGGUCAUUGCUGAGCUGGAGGAGAAGGUAAAAUGCCUACAAAAAGAGAAGGAAGUCAGAGACGUGGAGAAAGAAGUGGGGAAGUCUCAGCUGAAGAAGCUUGAUGAUGUUGUAUCUAAAAACAAGGAGCUUGAUGAUAAGAUCAAUUUCACACAGGAGGCCAGUCUGGUAGAGAAGGAGAAAGCCCUAGCAUUAAAGGAGGCUCAGCUCUCAGCCCUGCAGAAGAGUCUCAAAGAAGCUCAGGAGCGUCUGGAAGAAGAGGAGAUGCAGGCGGUGCAGGAGGCUCGCAAGAGAGAGGUGGAGAGGAGGAGAGAGCUGUUGGCUGUGGCAGAGGAGGCCAUUGCUCAGAAAGAUGCAGAACUGCAGAAGAGACAAGAAGAGAUUAACCGGUUGAAGGAAGAGAUUAAAGCUAGCGAGCAAAAGGUGAAGAAUCUGACAGUCGACCUGCGCAGGAAAGACGAUGAUUCAUCAGAUAUUCGGGAGAAACUUUGCGACUCAAAAAAGCAGAUACAGCAGGUGCAGAAAGAGAUCUCUUCAAUGCGCGAUUCAGAAAAAUCUUUAAGACUGAAGCUCAGCGAUUUAGAAAAGAUUAAAUUGCAACUUCAGAAUGAGAUCGCGAGCAGGGACCGUGUCAUCCAACAGCUGAAAGCCGAACGAUCUUCUAAUUCCAAAUCAGAAGAACAUCUGUUACUCCAUCAAAAAGCAUCUAAUGAUUUGCAGGAGCGUGAGCGUGUUAUAGAAGACAUGCGCUUGGCUCUGACAGAACAAGAAGAAACGCAGACACAGUUGGAUCUGGAGUUAGAAAACAGAGAGGCUCAGAUAAAUGAGCUCACACAGGAGCUAGAGAGGUGGAGAGAAAUGAUGCCCGACCAGGGUAACAGGAGAGUUCCGAGACCCGCAUCUGAUGACCUUGUACAGACCAGACGAGAGAGAGAUCAAGCCCAGGAGAGCUUACACUUGGCUAAUGAGAAGCACCUGGCAGAACGCAGGAAGUGGAUGGAGGAGAAAUUGGUUCUGAUUGGUCAAGCUAAAGAAGCUGAGGAAAGGAGGAACAAGGACAUGAGACGAUUUGCUGAUGAUCGGGAACGGCAUGUCCGGCAGCAGACCGAAAUGGAGUCUCUGGCCGCACAACUUUCAGCUCGUGACAAAGAGAUGGAAAGUUGGAGAAAGGAGAGAGACGCGCUUGUCUCAGCUCUUGAGGUUCAGCUAAAGAAGCUCAUCAUGUCCAAUGCUGAGAAAGAUAAACAGAUCCAGAUACUACAGUCCACUAACACCUCCCAGACACCAGAGGUCAAUGAGGACAGCCAAGUAGAGGCACUACAAGCAGAGCUGGAUGCAAAAGAUGCCGAGAUCCAGAAACUGAGAGAACCACCCAGGGUCAAUGUCUUGGAGAGCAGACACUCAUCCACGCAGACAAUGGAAGCAGAGUUCUCUGAUACAAAUCCUUUGAAUAGCAGUACCCUCAAAUACACUGGCAGGACCAGAGGAUCCGUCACCAGCCAGAGUUCAUCUGGUAGCUGUCCGUUGGUGCUAGAUUCAUCACAGAUUUCCACGGAUAUGGGGAGACGAUCUAGGUUUCCGCGGCCCGAGCUGGAAAUUUCCUUCAGCCCACUACAACCGGAUCGUUUUGCUCUCAAGCGGCAGGGAGAGGACUCAGCAGUCACUGUUAAAAUUCCCCGAACCACACGCAAGAGGAAGAGCGGAGAGAUGGAGAAGAGAAAGGGAGGCAGGAGUGCCGUGGUGAAAAAGAAACAUUUCGUUGAGCACAAACCUCAGGAUGGAUUAGAAAAUGAGAACGUCAGGAAUACAAGGACCAGAAACAAUCCUUGCCUAACACCUCAUAAGGAGGAGCCUGCAAAUUCCCAGGAAUCAAACUCUGGCCACAAAGGGAAAAAAGAUAAAACUCUUCAAAAGAUUGGAGAUUUUCUUCAAGGCUCUCCCACUUUUCUGGGUAGUAAAGCAAAGAGGAUCAUGGGAUUGAUGAGUGGAAAGUCCCCUGAUGGCGGAGGGUCCUCCUUAAAACUCAAAGCCAAACGUAUCAAACGAAAACAAGACAGACCUGACAUCUCCUCACCAAUGGACAUACCAGCCCACCAGAUCAUUGGUCGAUAUCCGGAGGGGAAAGAGAGUGAAAACCUUAUCAAAAAACGUCUUCGUACUAGGACCGGUAAAUGACCUCACACGAAGAAGCACAGUAACAAAAAGGAAAUAUUUAGCUCCCUGUAUUAUGUCUUUUUAAAAUGUUUUUUCUAUUUUGAGAUUUUUAAUCAAAUGUUUUUUGCACUUUUUACAUAUACAGUAUCAAUUGAUUAUUAGUUAAAUUCUUUUAUUUGUGUAUCAAAUAUGACGCGUAAUAUAUUAUGCUAAAACCAUAAUGAACACUAUUUUAACAAGCUUUUAUGGCACAGUUGAGUGUUAGUAUUUUUUAUGUAUUAAAGUAACUGUAGUUAAAGUAAAACAAGUUUUGCUGCUAGACUUAAAACGGACGAUCAGAAAUCACUACUGCACAUUUCUGAAACAGUUUAUUUUUGCUGUAAAUUUAAUACACGGUUUAAUAGUUUACAUGUGGUUAUGCUGCCCUGCAAAUAAAUGCCAAUCACUGUUUCUUCUUAA